CCAGGUUCGCUGCUCUUCCGACCCGUAUCUAUCAAACGAGGGAGUAUAAAACAAGUAAGCAGUCCGUUCGGCGUUACUCUUCGCGCAAGGUCAAGACCGGCCAAGUCAUUGCACCACUCCGCGCGUACACGCAUAGCUGCGCCGCAGUGCUUUGUUAGAGCUUUUCACAAUAUCAUCAUGGGGAGAAUAACGUUAAUAAUAUUAUUAUGCUUCGUCGCUUUCGCAUUAGGAAGUAAUGAUGACAAAUUUAUCAAGAAAUAUGCUAUGAUGAAGAUUUAUGAGAGUUGUUUCGGAGCAGAAGUCGUAAAACAAAUAAGGCGGGAAAUGAAAGAGGCAUAUGCGAAAUGCUCAUCACCGCCAUCUUUUGAGGAAACUCCGAACCAGCAAAUACCAUCCAUUUUGUUUGGUAAACUGCCGCCAGGGUUCGCAAUGGACCCCAACACGCAAACAAUCACCAAGCCCUCACCAGAUGGCGCUGGGCAAAAUCAAGAAAAUGAAUUGCCGAAUCAUGAGAAAUUGCACGUCCAAAAAAUUCCACUAAGCCAACUUCUACCCUUAAGAUCUCAGCCGCCAUUCCAGUCCCAACCAAUACCUCCAUACAUGAUGCCAACAAACCCGCAAUUCAGACCGUUUAGUUCAGCGUCACCGUUCUAUCAGUUCCCGUACCCCAUGCCACCAUAUCAGUACCCUGGACAGUACAAUCCCUACUACCAACCAAUGCAGCAGUUUUAUCAGCAGCCGCUCUACCCUUCUAACAGGAUGUCGCGAGACCUCGACCUCCGCGAUCGCCUUGACAUCAUAACACGAGGUCCCAACGCUGGCAAAGUCAGAAAUAUUACAUGCGUCAUGCAAGAACUGGGUUAUAUAGAUCAUAAUCUAGAACCUAACUAUGAACAGAUAACGCAGAGAAUUGCUAACCUUCCAGUUUCAAGUGACCUGAAAGGAGACAUUCAAGAUGGCCUCCAGUUCUGUCAAAAGUUUUCGCAAUGUGUUCCGGAUAUGAAACGCGACGUGUCUCCGCUGUCCCAAGAGCUAAUCAAGCCGAUGUUCUUCUUCAGAUGUUAUAAGCACAAGAAACUAGAAGCCUGUAUCAUGAAAGAUAUUCGCGAUCGGUUCACGAGUGAAGACGAUUUGGAAACUGAUGGUGAUUUUAGAUCCCUCGGCAGAUCAGGUCGUGCGCUCAAGGACGAGCCAAUAAACGACCCCAGGUUCGAUGCCCUGGACGAAAUGGCUGUUUACUUAUAUGACUAUUUAAGUGGGGGUAGUGGACUUGACUAUGAUCUAUAUUUGUAAAAGUUAUAGUAUCAAAUUGAAAUAUUCUUGUGACAAUUUAUAUAGAAAAAUCGUUUUUUUAUAUUAAUUUUAUUAUUAAUUUUUAUAUCCAUGAUAUUUAUCGAUACAGGUUUAAAAUUGUAAUUAUUUUAGCAUUAGUGCUUUCAUUUUAAAUCUAGUGAAGGUCUCAUACGCCUAACCAUUUGACAGCAAAAAUGGCGCCUAUAGCGAUUCUGAAAUAUCAUUAAUAUUAUAAAUAAAAUAUACCUCAGGUUUACUCACGUAAUAUAUGUUCUUGUUAAAACUAGCAAGAAAAUAUAUACGGUCCCUUUUAAAUUCCUACGCUUGCCAAAAACAAGGCUGAAAAGAGCUCGAAAUUCGUAUGUGUGUGCAAAAGGCAUAAUUAUGACAAUUCCAAGUAAUUUCAUGAUAGUGUUUUUGCCCUUGUUAAAUGAUUAGGCGUUUCCCUUUAAAAUGGAAAGUAGCGAUAAUUUUAGAUUUUAUAUACGAAAAAGGUAUUU